AUGGUCAACCUCGAGAUUCCAUCCCAAUAUACAUUUUCGCCUUCUGAAGGUACACCUCAACUUACUAUCAAUCGAGAUGCUACUAUUGAUCUCGAUUCUAGCAAUGCAUUCGAAGGCCCAGAAAAACUUCUAGAAGUUUGGUUUGCUCCAUCUCCGAAGGAUCUACCUAUCGGUGCUAAAGAAGAUGGGCUCAAGUUCGUCUCGGCCGAAACAUGGACAGGAAUGCUAGAUCUUGUUAACUGUAAAGUCUUGUCAGUCGUCGAGUCUGAACACGUGGAUGCAUAUCUUCUUUCUGAGUCCAGCAUGUUUGUCUUUCCCCACAAGCUUAUUCUCAAGACUUGUGGUACUACUACCUUGUUGCUCGGACUUCGUCGAAUGUUGCGAAUUGCGGCCGUUCAUGCAGGCUUCCCAGCCCAAAAUUGCAAAUCUGUUGAAGACGUGAAAACAGCUGCAAAACCAUACCGAGUCUUUUACAGUCGAAAGAACUUCCUAUUCCCUGAGAAACAGCAAGGUCCACAUCGUAGCUGGAAGGAUGAAGUCAAAUACCUCGAUGACAUGUUCUUAGGUGGGAGUGCAUAUAUGGUUGGCAAGAUGAAUGGAGAUCAUUGGUAUCUUUACUUGACCAAUCCUAACACAGAUCUUACACCGCCCCAAACUCCGGAUGCAGAGAGGUCAGUCACCGAGACGAAGGUUUUGAACAUGCCUAAUGAGGCUUUGUCUGCUAUGGAUGGUGAUCCUGCCCAAGGUCCAGAUGAGACCCUGGAGAUUCUCAUGACUGAUCUAGAGCCAAACAACGCUAGACAAUUCUAUCUUGAUCACGCGGUUGCGGCCGCGGAGAGUAAAUAUGCGACUAGGGCUUCGGAGGCGCGAAAGGAUGCAGAAGAGAGUCUUGGUGAAUUGAGUCGAACUGAUUUGAGUCUCAGUGGCACAACAGCCGGAAGUACCGACACCGAUGAAACUUUCGACGUUUUUAGCAACACAUCUUCUGAUCACAAUGGAGGUCUUGUCACACCGGAUGAUGAUGUAUCCUUCCCUGAAGAGCUGGGAACUGAGGGUCACGCACUUGGUACGGUAGUCUCUGAAGCUUGCGGUCUAUCGGACGUCUAUCCUACCACCAAGUACCCUGAUGCACGCGUUGAUGCCUACCUCUUCACUCCUUGUGGAUUUUCGGCCAAUGGAGUUAUUCCAGCUCCUGAUCAAGCAGGCACUGCCACUCAUUAUUUCACGGUUCAUGUUACGCCCGAGCCUCAAUGCUCAUAUGCAUCAUUCGAGACCAAUGUCCCUGGUUGCCAAAGUGGACGUGAGACGGCUGAUGUCAUCGAGAACGUUGUUGAUAUCUUCAAGCCUGGGCGUUUUAGUGUCACCCUCUUUGAAUCGAAGAGUAACUCGGCCGAGGGAAGAGAAUUAACAUUGCUUGGUGAUGAUGUAUCGGCCAUGAAGAUUGCAGGUGCCGCCCGCUUGAGAAGUGCAAGAAUGGAGAACAUUCCUGGAUAUCGUAGAGUUGAUAGGAUCGUACACGACUUUGAUGGAUACGACCUGGUUUUCCGUUAUUACGAGCGUGUUGGUUGGGAAGGGGGAGCUCCACGAGUUGGAGAGAUUGAUUAA